CUCGUAAACCAGUCGAAGAUGGCGGCCGCCGGGGGAGAGCCUUCUCAGCCUGCUGGGGAUGAUUUAUUUCAAAACUUUUACACGGAGGUAAAACAGAUAGAGAAGAGAGACUCCGUGUUAACCUCCAAGCAGCAGAUAGAAAGACUGCUCAGACCUGGCUCAUCCUACUUCAAUCUCAAUCCCUUUGAGGUGCUGCAAAUUGACCCAGACGCAAAAGACGAUGAAUUGAAGAAGAGAUUUCGAGCAUUGUCCAUCUUGGUCCAUCCAGACAAAAAUCAGGAUGACCAGGAAAGGGCACAGAAAGCCUUCGAAGCUGUAGACAAGGCAUACAAACUCUUACUAGACCCCGAACAGAAGAAGAGAAUCAUAGACGUGGUUCACGCUGGACAGGAAUAUGUGGAGCAUAUGGUUAAGGAGAAAAAGAAACAAUUGAAGAAAGAAGGGAAACCACUGGAUAUGGAGGAGGACGAUCCUGAAAUGUUCAAGCAAGCGGUGUACAAACAGACAAUGAAGCUAUUCGCAGAGCUUGAAAUUAAAAGGAAGGAAAGGGAAGCAAAGGACAUGCAUGAAAGGAAAAGGGCAAGAGAGGAAGAAAUCGAAACAGCAGAGAAAGCAAAGCGAGAUAGAGAAUGGCAGAAAAACUUUGAGGAAACAAGAGAUGGGCGCGUGGACAGUUGGAGGAACUUCCAGGCCAAAGGCAAGAAGACCAAGGAGAAGAAGAACAGGUCUUUCCUCAAGCCCCCAAAAGUCAAGAUGGAGCAAAGGGAAUGAUGCAGUAAAAUUGGACUUCACGAGAUUAAAACUCACGUAACAUUUAAAGAAAAGCCUCCACUUUUGUGUAUCCUCACCCUGUCGUCUGCAGUUAGCUGUAUAGUCGCCAUCUGGAUACUCGUCCUACAACAUCCUUGUAUUUUGUACCCUGUUUUCUAAUGUACAUAUUUGUGAUCUGGACCCAGAGAUCAUAUCUGCCACAUGUAAGAAAGAGAAAUGAUGCAUCAUCCAUUUCAUUAACUGACGAGGAAAAUGUGCUUUUGGUUUGUUUUUGUUUUUUUGUUCUUUAUGUCCAUUAUUUUUUAAAAUUAAAUAAAGGUGUGAACAAGCCAGCCUUA